AUGACGUCUUCUCAAUCAUCUCCGAUUCCACUGUCCUCUGACUCUUUUCAUCAUCAGUCUGAUCAUCAUGAGAAUCCCUAUUAUCUUCACAAAAAUGAUCAUGCUGGAUUAGUUCUUGUUACUGAUCGAUUGACAACAGCUUCUGAUUUUCAUUCUUGGAGAAGAUCUGUCAAGAUGGCGUUGAAUGUGCGCAAUAAGCUAGGCUUCAUUGUUGGUACUAUUCCUAAACCUUCUCUCACGCAUCGUGACUACGGAGCUUGGUAUCGUUGCAAUGAUAUUGUGGCUACUUGGCUGAUGAAUUCUGUAUCCAAGAAAAUCGGGCAGAGCUUGCUGUUUAUAUCUACUGCGGAAGGAAUCUGGAACAAUCUAAUCUCUCGAUUUAAGCAGGAUGAUGCUUCUCACGUUUAUGAUAUUGAACAGAGAUUGAGUAAGAUUGAGCAAGGCUCUAUGGAUUUAUCUUCGUACUAUACUGAAUUGGUUACUCUAUGGGAGGAACAUAGUAAUUUUGUGGAGCUUCCGGUUUGUACAUGUGGGAAGUGUGAGUGUGAUGCUGCGUCUUUGUGCGAGAAGUUACAGCAUAGGAGUCGAGUAACAAAGUUUCUGAUGGGUUUGAAUGAGUCUUAUGAGCAGAUGCGGCAUCAAAUACUUAUGAUCAAGACAAUUCCGACUAUUGAAGAAGCUUUCAAUAUUGUUACUCAAGAUGGGCGACAACGUUCUAUUCGUCCUGUAACUGCAGUUGAUAAUGUGGCUUUCCAGGCUAUGAAUCCUUCAUAUGCGGUUGUUGAUCCUGCUUAUGCUGCAGCUUAUGUUGCAGCUUACAAUGCAGGAUGCGCUUAUCAGAAGCCUAUUUAUACUCAUUGUGGGAAGACUGGUCACACAGUUAAGAAGUGCUUUAAGCUUCAUGGCUAUCCGCCUAGCUAUAAAACUUAUGGAGCACCUCAUUCUCAGAACAGGAACCAGUCUCGGUCAUCACAGGCUCCGGUUAAAUCCACUCCCCAAGACUCAGCACAAACAUCUACUUUGACUAAUGCUGUAGCGACAGUAUGUGAAGAUACAGAUUCACGUUUCAUCUCACAAAUUCCACCGGUCUCUCCUCACCUGACCAGUGUAGGAAUGAACUUGAAUUUGAAAAGCUUUACUCCACAACAUUAA